AGCCCUAAACCCUAGAGUGGGGCAGAAAUUGCGUUGGAGGCGCUAGGGUUUUGGCCCGGCGCUCUACGCACGACUGGGAAUGGAUGUCCAGUCGCUCGUCGCCGUCUUGCAGCUAGCUCUCAGCCGGAACCUCGAUGAAAGAAAAGCUGGUGAGGAGCGCCUCAAGCAGUGUGAGCUCGCCGAGGGGCAUUUGGUGCGACUGCUACAGAUUAUCGUCUCGACGAAUUUGGAGCUCUCCGUGCGCCAGAUUGCGAGUAUUUAUUUCAAGAAUGUGCUCUCUCGCGAGUGGAGUCCUCGAGAUGGCCAUCUUCCCAAGCUAUCCGAGACCGAUAGGAACACCAUACGCAACAACAUUCUCGAGGCCCUCAUUCACGUUCCAUCUCUCUUGAGGGUCCAGCUUGCCGAAUGCUUGAAAACAAUGGUGCACUGUGAUUUUCCCGACCGCUGGCCCUCCCUCGUACCGGGGAUCGAUAGUAAUCUAAAGUCUCAGGAUCAACAACGGAUCAACGGUGCAUUGCACGCAUUGCGGAUCCUUACACGGAAAUACGAGUUUAAAGAGGAUAGUGAUCGAAUGCCUAUCAACGCGAUUUUUGACACAAUGUUUCCAGUGCUCUUAGAGAUCCUGAAGUAUCUUAUUUCGUUACCAAAUCCUCCCAUUGAGGUUGCGGACCUUAUCAAGCUCAUCUGCAAGAUCUUUUGGUCGUCAACAUAUCUAGAUAUUCCACCCAUUCUAUGUAAUCUAAAUACGUGUACGGGAUGGAUGACCUGCUUCCUUAAUCUUGUCGAGAGACCUGUUCCUUCGGAGGGCCAGCCAGCCGAUCUAGAGAUGCGUAAGUCGUGGGGAUGGUGGAAAGUGAAGAAGUGGACUCUGCACAUUGUGAACCGGCUAUAUAAUCGCUUUGGUGAUCCAAAAUCAUCCAAGUGCUCGGACUUCUCAGAAAUGUUCCAGACACACUUUGCUGACAAGUUUCUGCAGUCUUACAUGAAUCUUUUGGGCGUCUACAAGCGGGGCGAGUAUUUGACGGAUAGAGUUUUAAACCUUUCUCUUCAAUAUCUUUCCACAUGCGUGUCCAAACCUCAAACAUACCAACAGAUGAAGCCUCAACUCGACUUAAUACUGUUCGAGAUUAUCUUUCCUCUCAUGUGCUUUAACUCGAUUGACGAGCAACUUUGGAGAGACGACCCUCAUGAGUAUGUGAGAAAAGGAUAUGAUAUAAUCGAAGAUUUAUACAGCCCUCGAACUGCUGCACAAAACUUUAUUUUGGAGCUUUUUAGAAGGCGUAAAGAACAUCUACAAAAGUUUUUGCAGUUUGUCGUAGAGGUUUUUAACAGAUAUGAUGCCGCCCCCGCAAAUCAAAAGCCAUACAGACAAAAGGAUGGCGCCCUCUUGGCUGUCGGAUCCUUGAGCGAUCGGCUCAAGCAAAUCUCUCCUUACAAGCAUCAGCUGGAGCAAAUGCUCGUUCAGCAUGUCUACCCAGAAUUUAACAGUCCCGCUGGUCAUUUGAGAGCCAAGGCUGCGUGGGUUUCUGGACAAUAUGCGCGUAUCACCUUUGCUAAUCCUGCAAAUUUUACGACAGCUUUACGAAGUGUUGUAUGUGCUCUGAAAGAUCCCGACCUUCCAGUGCGCGUAGAUUCUGUGAUCGCUCUCAGGUCCUUUGUCGAAGCAUCUCAAGAUCUUGGGGAGAUUCGGGCAAUCUUACCUCAACUUUUGGAUGAGUUCUUUAAGUUGAUGAACGAGGUUGAGAACGAGGAUCUUGUGUUCACUCUGGAGACCAUCGUGAACAAGUUUGGCGAAGAGAUGGCACCUUACGCUCUUGGUUUAUGCCAGAAUCUGGCGGCCGCCUUUUGGAAGUGCUUGCAGUCCUCAGAGACCGAUGAGGAUGACGAUGACUCGGGAGCACUCGCUGCCAUGGGCUGUUUAAGAGCCAUUGGGACAAUUCUCGAAUCGGUUAGUGCUCUGCCACACCUUUUCCCGCAGAUGGAACCAACCUUACUUCCUAUCAUGCGGAAGAUGUUAACUACUGAUGGACAAGAUGUUUUUGAGGAAGUACUGGAGAUUGUGUCGUACAUGACGUAUUAUUCGCCUUCAAUAUCCUUGGAAAUGUGGACUCUCUGGCCUCUUAUCAUGGAGGCAUUGAAUGAGUGGGCAGUAGACUACUUCGAGAACAUACUCGUCCCACUCGACAAUUACAUAUCAAGAAGCACGGAGCACUUUUUGACAUGCAAGUCUCCUGAUUAUCAACAAAGCUUGUUCAAGGCCUUAUCGAUGGUAAUGUCUGACGAGAAGCUGGAUGAUUCCGACAUUAUAGCCGCACCAAAACUUAUUGAAUCCGUUCUUCAAAAUUGCAAAGGUCGGGUUGAUGAGUGGGUUGAGCCUUACCUUAAAAUAAGCCUCGAUAGAUAUGGUACGACUACAAAAAACGGUCUUAAAGAUCUACUUAUAGAAGUGGUUGCAAAUGCUCUCUAUUACAAUCCAGCAUUAUGCCUCAACGUCCUCCAGAAGUUAAGGUUAACCACCAGUGUUUUCCAGUCUUGGUUCCAAAUGCUCUAUGCUGUCAAGAGGAGCGGGCUACCGGCUCAUUUCAGACGGGAACAUGACAAGAAAGUCUGCGUCUUGGGAUUGGCAUCGGUACUUAGUUUGCCCGGUUCAGCAUUGCCAGCAGAACUUCAAUCGGGGCUAGAUCAAAUUUUCAGAGCUGUUCUCAGACUGCUCAUUGCAUACAAGGACCAGGUUGCAGAAAACGCGAAAGAGACGGAGAACGGCGACAUGGAUGGCUGGGAGUCGGGCGAAGAGGACUGGGACAAAGAGCUCGGGGACGACGAUGACCCUGAUGAAGUGAACAACGAGAAGCUACAACAGCUAGCAUCGCAGGCAAAAUCUUUCCAGCCUAGAGACGACGAUGACGACAGCGACGAUGACUUUAUCGACGACGAAGAGUUUCAAGCGGCCAUUGAUAACGUAGACCCGUUCAUAUUCUUCGCAGACAUCAUAAAAGCUAUAUCGGCUUGUGAUCCCGCCCGGUUCCAAGCGCUGUCGAGAUCGCUCGACUUCCAGCACCAGGCCAUGGCUCACGGCGUGGAGCAAUAUGCAGAGGUUCGGAGGAAAGAGAUCGAGAAGGAGAUGGCUCAAAACUCCUCCUUGAAGGUUGUUGGUGAGUGGAAGUAAAUUCCAUAUACUUCGAAGAGGGGAAGAGGAAAAAAGAGAGCUACAAUAAGGCCUUUUUUUGGGGGAGGGUGCUUGUGAUUUCUCAAGCUGUCGGCUUCUAUAAAUUCUUUUGUAUAUUGAGGAGAAGUUUUGGUUGUUUGAGUAAAAGUAAAUUUUCUUAAA